UUGGUUGACAAUAGGUGUUUUAUAUAAAAUAUAAGAGUUACCUUCUCGUUAGGUUAAAUAAGUAACCUUUUGCUUGAUUAUAUAAGAACAUGACCAUUUGCGUUUCUUUCUGGAAUCGGACUUUAAGUCACGAAGUUAAUGAUGCUAACAUGAAAGAAUCUGAAACACAAGAUGAUGAGAUAGAAGCAGACGAAGACGGUGAUGAUGUUACACAAAAGAAAAAGAAACAAUCUAAAGAAGUUGUUACAAGUGAAAUGGUUGAUUCCUGGUGCAACGCCAUUAAAGAACAUGGGAAAUUGAGUACUAGUCAUUCCCUAAUGAAGAGGACGAGUCAUUGUUGGACUUCAGUGUCAUGUCUAUCAGUGUCUUUAACAAAAUCGUUGUACAUUGUCAUUUUGUUUUAUUUUGAUAUCAUUUUGGAGAAACUGAAGUCCUUGUAUAUUGUCAUAAGAUGAGAAGAAGUCAGGGGCUAGCCCUCUGUCGAAGUACGUUGCAACUCUACGUGAAGUAGCACAACAAAGAAAUGCUUUGUUGUCGGAAUAUUCCACGUCUGAGAUCGCGUUGUCUAUUGAGUUCAUUUCCACAGUACCAUGUUUAGUAAAUUAGUGUUCCAUUUUCUAACAUGCUAAUUGCUUCCAGUGUUCUUGUGGGCGAGCAUUCAUCCGUGUUAGGAAGUAAAGGACGAGAAAGCAAUGAAGAUGAUACCAGGGACGAGGAAGGCACUGCUGUCUUUAGUUCGUCCUGGUUACCAGGAAAGGACUCCAAAACCACCCAAGAUGUGAGAAGAAAUGGAAGAGAAAGACUGAGCGCCAGGACCAAGUUGCCAUGGAUGAAGAUAUUGUUCAGGAGUUGGUACUCAGUUCUGAUGAAGAAGACGGGUCUUAAAGUGACACCUUUUCGGCUGAAGAAGAUGAAAUGGAGAAACCAGCUCCUUCGAAGCUGGAAACAAAGAAGCCGAAACACUCUACAAAUAAAUCAAAACAGAAUGCAGCAAAAUGGUCAAAGAAGAGAGAGACGGGUGGUAACUGAAGAGACACAAGUAUCUCGUGCACCCGUCCGAUAGUCUCCAUUUUUUGUCAAUCCUUUUUCUUUUCAACAGAAGUUAUGAGAAUGGUGUAUUGAAGAGCUUAUGAAAACCAGUUUUGUCAAAGUGGUUUGUUUUGUUGUACGUACCUGAAUGUUA